AUGGCUACCGUCAACAUCCGUACCGAUGUUACCGAUCCCUUCUAUCGCUACAAGAUGGAGCGCCUCCAGUCCAAGAUCGAGGGCAAGGGCAAUGGCAUCAAAACCGUCGUCGCCAAUCUCCCCAGCGUCGCUGCCUCUUUGGCUCGUCCUCCGGCCUAUGUGAUCAAGUGGUUUGGUUUCGAGUUGGGUGCUCAGACCAACACCAACCCCAAGGAUGAUCGCUGGAUCAUCAACGGCGCGCACGAGUCCUCUAAGCUUCAAGAUUCGCUCGAUGGGUUCAUUUCCAAGUAUGUUCUGUGCAAGGCAUGCAAGAACCCUGAAACCGAGAUUCAUAUCAAGGAUGGCCGCAUCUUGCUGGACUGCAAGGCCUGUGGCCAGCGCACUGAACCUGAUCUUCGACACAAGCUCAGCGGUUUCAUCUUGAAGAACGAGCCCAAAGGCGGCAAGAAAGGCAAAAAGGAGAAAAUGUCUCGCCGUGAUCGCGCCAGGAUGGAGGCUGAGGAGAAGGCAUCUACCAACGGUGCCAGCCCUCACGACUCUCACUCUGAUCAAGGCGGCGAUGCUGACGAGGAUGGCGAAUUGGCUGCCGGAAGUGACGACGAGUUUACACGCCAGAUCAACGAAGAUGCCAAGGUCAUUGACGCUAACGGUGCCCCCAAGGAAGAGCAGUGGGCUAUCGAUACUUCUGCUGAAGCUGUUGCUGCUCGUACCAAAGAUCUGCCCGAUGAUCUCAAGCGCUCCCUUGCAUUUGACGACGAUGAGGAGGGCGAGGGCGGUGGGCACAGCGUCUAUGAUGAUCUCGGCGACUGGCUCGAGGAGCAAACCAAGGCCAAGGGCAAGAUCAGCGCUGUCGACGACGUUGACAUCUACAAGAAGGCCAAAGAACUCGGGAUUGAGUCCAAGAGCAAGACUCUGGCCGUCCUUGCCCAAACCAUCUUUGACGAGAACAUUGUCAAGCAAAUCUCUCAACGCGCCAGCAUGCUUCAGAAGAUGAUCGGCGAAAGCGAGAAGCACCAAAAAGCAUUUCUGGGAGGGACCGAGCGCUUUGUUGGCAACGACCAUCCUGACCUGAUUCCUCAAGUUCCCAAGAUCCUGAUGGCCUACUACCAGGCCGACCUGAUCAGUGAGGAAGUCGCAAAAGCCUGGGGUUCCAAAGCGAGCAAGAAGUAUGUUGAGAUCAGCAUCAGCCGCAAGGUACGCCAAGCCGCUGAGCCUUUUGUCAAGUGGCUCGACGAGGCAGAGAGCGAGGAUGAGAGUGAUGAGGAGUAA